AUGCACUUUGCGGCUAGCAUUGCCGUGGCGCUGCCGGUCAUUGGCGCUGCCAGUGCCCAGUAUUUCCCUCCACCCGUUGAGGGCGCCACUGUGGUCAAAUCCAAGUUCGACGAAAAUGUGAAGAUCACAUACAAGGAGAAUGACAUCUGUGAAACAAAUGAGGGAGUUAGAUCGUUCACUGGCCACGUCCACCUUCCUCCAGACGAGGACGACUUUGGCGUCUACCGAAACUACUCAAUCAACACAUUCUUCUGGUUCUUUGAAGCCCGUGAGGAUCCUAAAAAUGCCCCUCUCUCCAUCUGGCUGAACGGUGGUCCGGGAUCGUCAUCCAUGAUCGGACUCUUCCAGGAAAACGGCCCCUGCAUGGUUAAUAAUGACUCCAUGUCUACCACCAACAACCCAUUCGCAUGGAACAACAAAGUGAACAUGCUCUUUAUUGAUCAGCCAAACCAAGUCGGCUUUAGUUACGACGAGCCUACUAAUGUUACUGUCAGUAACAUCAACGGUGAGGUGAAGGUUGCCGACUUCUCAAAUGGCGUCCCUGCACAAAAUCUCUCCACUUUAGUCGGAACCCUUAGCAGCCAGAAUUCAUGGGCCACCGCCAAUAACACCAUGAACGCUGCGCGUUCUAUCUGGCACUUUGCACAAGUGUGGUUCCAGGAAUUCCCUGAACAUAAGCCCAACAAUGACAAAGUCAGCAUCUGGACCGAGUCCUAUGGAGGAAAAUACGGGCCUUCAUUCGCCUCGUACUUCCAGGAUCAGAAUGAAAGGAUUAAGAACCGUACCAUUGACGAAAAAGGACAAAUGCAUAUCCUCAACCUUGACACCCUCGGUAUCAUCAAUGGCUGUAUCGAUCUCAUGUGGCAAGCCACGAGUUACGCCGAGUUUCCUUUCAACAACACCUAUGGUAUCACAGCUUUUAGCCAGCAGCAGCGCGAUGAUAUCAUAAAUGAUAUCCACCGCCCUGACGGCUGCCUUGACAAACUCGCCAGAUGCCGUGAGGCCGCUAAAGAAGGAGACCCUUACUUGUACAGCAACAAUGCGACUGUCAACGAAAUCUGUAAUGAUGCUAGCAAUUUCUGCGACAGCCACCUAAUGGGACCUUAUGAAGACACCAAGCUUGGUUACUAUGACAUAGCCCAUCCUGUUCAGGACCCCUUCCCCCCACCAUUCUACAAGGGCUACCUCAGCCAGUCCCGCGUCCUGUCCGCCAUGGGUAUGCCAGUCAACUUCACCCAACGCUCCGGUGCUGUAGCGAAAAUGUUUGAUGCCGUUGGAGACUACGGUCGCCCUGAUGUCCGUGGCUACACCGACGACCUGGCUUACCUCCUCGAGAGCGGAGUCAAGGUUGCUCUCGUCUAUGGUGACAGGGACUACAUCUGUAACUGGCUCGGUGGUGAGCAGGUCAGUCUUGCCUUGAACUACACUGGCACUGAGGGCUUCCACAAGGCAGGAUAUGCCGACGUCAAGGUCAACCCUUCUUUUGUCGGAGGUUCAGUCCGUCAGUAUGGAAACUUCUCCUUCACCAGAGUUUACGAGGCGGGCCAUGAAGUCCCUGCCUACCAGCCUGAGGCUUCGCUCAAGAUUUUCGAGCGUAUCAUGUUCAACAAGGAUAUUGCUACCGGUGAAAUCGACAUUGCUCAGAAGCCAGACUAUGCUACCACCGGAACUGUGUCUUCGUUCCAGAUCAAGAACGAUAUCCCUGCGGAGCCAGAGCCAACCUGCUACCUCCUUAGUGCCGGCCGAAGCUGUUCCAAGGAACAGAUUAAAGCCAUCGAGGAUGGAACUGCAGUGGUUGAGAACUAUAUUAUCAAGAGCCCUGCUGGGAAGAAACAGGGUCCUCCACCAACCACUACCACAUCUCCCACGCCUGCCCCUACCAGUGGAGGUGCUAUGACACAAGGCCCAGCGGCCAUGCUGACAAUAUCAGCUCUCGCUGCCCUUACGUUCUUCUUCUAG